AUGGACGCAGGCGGUCUUGCUCAGAUGUCAUACAACAACUUCCCUUCCAGCAAUGGAUUGGGAAUGCCCGGUUCUGGCUUUGCUUCUAGACGUGCAAACGGAGCCAAUUUGAAACGUCUCUCCUUCCAAACCCCAAGGCAGUCCGAUCAUCUUGAUAACGGUGCUCCCACACCACGAACAUCACGAUCCCAUUUGCUUGCUGGGUUGAGAACGGCCCCCAAAUCUGCCACCACCAGCAACUUUCCUUCUACCGCUCCUCCAACUCAACUUCAGCACAACCUCGGAGGUCUCGGAGCCAGCAUCUACGCCAAGGAGGAGUCAUAUGGUGGACCCAAGACCAGCUUCCCUCAUCAAAAUCAACAGAACGGUUACAGCCAGAUGAACGCUCAAAGACAAAUGUACCCAGUCGCAGAGCAGAUCUUGGCUCCUCCAGCGAUUCAGAUUGAUGAGCAGAAUCAAGAGAACAUGGACCCAAACCUGUACGCUCAGCUUGUUGCUACCAACAUGUACCUUGCGGAGCAGCAACAACGCCUCCAACAACAACUGAUGAGCGUUCAUCAACAAUUCCAAGGCAUGAAUUUGGGUAUGGGACAGCAACAAUUUGCUACUCCUCCAGUUACUCCUCAGAACAUGUACCAGCAACAACAGGUCAAGCAAAACAUGCAGCCCAUUAUUGCACCAGUCAUGGGCGCUCAGCCAGGCGUGUACUCAUACUAUGACCCGGCGACCGGACAACAGACCUACUUCAUGGACCACACUGGACAAGCUGCGCAGUACAUGAGCCAACAAGCCCAGACCGCCCAAUCAAACAUCCACUACUCUCCACCCCAACAACCAGGUACACCACGAUUCCAGGUCUCACCACCACCACCAUCGGAUGCCGCAAACUUUACCCGAAGCAUCAGCCCACCGAAAAAGGCACAAUCACCUCCACAAGAUCAUGCUCCGUUGCCGCCACCAUCCGCGGGUGCUUUCCGCCGUGGACACCGCAAGGCUAACUCCAUGGCCGUGGCCAUCGAUAACACAACUCCCGUUGAAGGAGCCGCAAGAUCUGCCAUGCUGCCAAAAUCUCAGGGCUUCCCACAAACCCCAAGCGCAGCAGCAUUCGGUCCUGGUCAAUCCCGUGCGGGUGAACACCCAAUCCGUCAACCUCGCGGUCCACCUCCUCUCGAUGAACUGGUCUCCAAGCCAACCACCAAGUUUGAAGGUAGCAAGAACUUUGCUACUCGUACACGCCGAAAUGCUGUUCACAAUCUUGUUCGUGCUGGUUUGGAACGUCGUAAAGGACCUGGAAGCAGCUCAGGCAGUAUGUCUCCAGUGUCAGAGACUGGCGAGGUAGCCUUUUCAGUUUCAUCUGACAAUGAUUCGGACAGUGGUCGCAGUGGAAGUGGAAGCCUCUCCGGCCGUCCAAGUUUGGGAAGCUCUCGAACUUCUGCUCAUGGUGCAAUCGGUUCUGAUCGCCCAUCUUCUCGUCAAAAGGAGCAUUCCCUCGAGCGCAAAUCCGUUGCAUCAUUUGAUAGCAACUUCACAGCUGCUAGCGUCAGCAGUGAUGAAGGUCAAUCCGUUGGUGGUAGCUUUGCUGCCGUUUUCAAGAACGGAGGAAAGAAGGUUGAACCAAUUGAAGGUCAACGCAAGGCACAAAUGCUCGUUCUCACAUCGGUUGAGAAGAGAAAGAGCACUCAAUUUUAA